UCCCAUCUCUUCAUAUCGCUUCUCUUCUUUCUUUCUCCCUUUCCUUUCGAACGUGCUUGCCAAUUCGUUUGUGCUCCACUUUCGCUCAAAGGGAAAAAGGCUCCUUCCGCUACUCGUUCGUUCAAGCUUUUCCCAUCUUUCUCGACACUCGUUUAACCUUUGUAUUACAUCUUUUAAUUCCAUCCAUUGCAGAUUCAAAUCUCAAGCAUCAUUAUGUCUGCCAUCAAGUACAUCCUGCCGGUCCUGGCUGCCGGUCGCCUUGCGCUCGCUGUCUCUUGCAAUGACACCGUCACCAUCAGCAGCCAGAGCGAUGCCGAUGACUACGCCAGCUGCACAACCAUCAGGGCCGAUGUCACCCUCUCCGAGUCCAUCAGCGGUGACAUCUCCCUGAGCGGCAUCGAACAGAUCACCGGUAGCCUCAGCUGCACCGGUGCCAGCAACCUGACCUCCCUGACGGCAGCCUCUCUGAACACCAUUGGUGACAAGUUCACCCUGAACGGCCUCACCACACUCAGUGCGCUCACCAUGGCUGACCUCACCAGCGUCGGCAGCAUUGACUGGGAGGCUCUCCCCAACCUGCAGACCCUCUCGUUCACUGCUGGUGUUUCCACGGCCGAUUCGGUCAUCAUCACCAACACUGGUCUGACCACCCUGGACGGCAUCUCCCUGGAGACCGUCGGCGAGUUCAGUAUCACUGACAACACCGCCCUGACGACCGUUAACGUCAACGAGUUGAAGAAUGCCACUUCGCUGAUCAACUUCGCUGGUAACGACAACUCUCUGGAGGUUGACUUCCCCAACCUGGGUACGGGUACCAACAUGACCUUCCGCAACGUCAGCAGCGUCCUGGUUCCCUCCCUGACCACUCUGAGCGGCGAGCUCGGCUUCUGGGGCAACACCUUCAAGAAAUUCAGCGCCCCCAACCUCACCACUACUGGUGACCUGGUCUUCGAUGACAACCCGGACCUGACCAACAUCAGCAUGCCCGUCCUCACUACCGUCAACGGUGGAUUCGAGAUCAUUGUCAAUGACAAGCUGUCCGUCAUCUCUUUCCCCGACCUCGAGACCGUCACUGGUGCCGUUGACUUCAGCGGCGAGUUUGACACUGUUUCCCUCCCUUCCCUGAAGGAAGUUAAGGGUGGUUUCAACGUGCAGAGCACUGGCAACUUCACCUGCUCCGCCUUCAAGUCCCUGCGUGCCGCUGGUGCUAUCAAGGGUACCUACACUUGCAAGGCCAACGCCGCUGACCCCACCACCUCUGAUGGAUCCUCCGGCACUGGCAGCAGCAGCAACACCACCUCCACUUCCUCUGCUUCCGCUACCAGCUCUGGUGCCGCUGUUGCCAACCUCGUCGCCAAUGUCCCUGCCAUGGGUGCUGCCGCCGUUUUCGGUGCUCUUAUGCAGUUCGCUCUGUAAAGCGCUUGCAAUGUUUUGUUUUGAUAAUUUGUUUUUCAAAGGUCCUGUAGAGUCGCCUAAUUAACAUUGGUUUUUUCAUCUUCAUUCUACUCUGCUGUUCUUAUGAUAAUAAUUUGAGCCUUCCUUAUCCUUUUCCCCCCCAAUCAUUUCCCCGUCCUCCCUGCACCUGAGGAUGAAAAAGAAAUCCAUUACCUGGGUUUCGUCCUCAUGAUAUGAACGUUUUUUUUUUUUU